AUGGAAUUACAAAAAAAUGAAGAACACAAUUUUUCGGAGUCAUUGUUCACAGAUAAUUCCUCUCAAUCUAGCACAAUAGAAACUUUACCUCAAGUGCCGCAUCAGCCGCCUGAAUUGCCAUUAGGUCCAUUCCAGCAACAUGACCUUUUUUCUCCUCACGUCAAAGAGCUUCAUAUCCAAAUAUGGUUACAUUCUCUACGAAACUUGGUUUUUAUGAGUGUUUGUGUUUUGGCAAUUCUUUCUGUAUUUUGGGGAUCAAUGUAUGGUCGCGGGGACCGAGUGCAUAACCUAAAUGUCUGGAUAAUCAACUACGAUUCAAAUCCAAAUUCUUUUGUUGGUCCAAUGUUUUUAAAUUACAUUGAAUCUUUGGGCUAUCCAAAAAAUUAUUUAGGAUACCAAAUAAUAGAUCCCUCUUCAUAUGAUGGGGACUUAACGACCGUCGCUCAUGAUACAAUUGAAGAAAAGGCGUGGGGAUUUAUCACGAUUGCACCCAAUGCAUCUUCGUAUCUUGUUGAAAACCUUCAAUUUCCUCAACAUGAUUUUAAUUCUAGCAAUCUGAUAACUUUUUGGUAUCCAGAAGCUCGAAUGGAAACAGUUUACCGAGACAUUGUUGUACCCCAAAUCAAUAAUAUAAGCACCGCAUUCACCUUUACUUUUCGCCAGUACUGGUUGGAUCACAUUAAUUCUACACUUAAUUUAUCACAACGGACAACUAUUGUUGAAACCAAUGUCGAUAUUAUAGCAAACCCUAUAGAUAUUACUGUUAUUAAUCUGAUACCAUUUACAGGUAAUAUUUCUUCAGCUAUCCUCACAACCGGCUUGAUUUUCCUUAUUAUUGUCUCAUUUUUUCAAAUACCAUUUUUUGCACCUGUUCACCAAAUUAUGCUAGGUAAAGUUAAGUUUUUGCAAUACAUGGUUUACCGACCUUUCAUAAACUAUGUUUCUGUUUUGUUCUUAUCCUUAGCAUUUUCAUUAGUUUCCCUUGCAUUCCAAGGGGAUUUUACAGUAAAAUUUGGCCGUGCUGGAUUUGUUGUAUAUUGGAUGAUUAACUUUCUUGCCAUGAAUGCUCUUGGUGGGGCGUCGGAAAAUGUGGGCACGAUUAUAUUUAAUGUCUACCCUCAAGCCAUUGGAUUUUGGCUAAUAUUUUGGGUUUGCUCCAACUCUUCUACUAGUUUUGCACCUCUUGAGCUUCUUCCAGAAGUUUAUAAAGUUGGAAAAGCUCUACCUGUACAUAAUGCUCAAAUGGCUAUUCGAACAAUUCUUUUUGGUACUAAGAAUCAACUUGGUCUCAAUGUUGGUGUUUUUUUUGGUUGGGUUGGAGUCAAUUACUUGAUCAGUUUCCCUUGCAUGAUAUUUGUGAAAAAAUAUAAAACCUUUCAAGCGAAGAAAGUAGCAGCUGUCGCAACUGCAAAUGCGAUAGAGACUUCAAAUUUGGAAAAAUUUUAA